AUGUAAAUACAUUUUCGAGAGUAUAAAGAAAAAUAUUUUCCUUUAAAAUUGAUUGAUUUAAGUAGGAUAUAUCCAAAUAUUAAGAGUACAAGAGAUGGAAAUUUAAUAAAGACAAUAAAUUUUUCAGUAAAAAGUAAUUGGAAUAUUUGGAAAUAAAACUUAUAAUUAGAAAUAGAAUAUUAGGUUAGUUUGAGUCAUCAAUUUCCUAAUCAUAUAUUACAGAUAAUUGAUUGGACAGCUGAUGUUUAAUAAAUAUAAGUAAUAGUUUAUAUUACUUAUAAUUGUAAAUCUAAUGCAAAGUCUUUGAAUAGUUUUCUUAAUACAUCUAUGAUAAGUGAAUAAUAGAAAUUAUAAAUAGCAGAAUAAAUAAUUGAGAUUGCAUCUAUAUUAGAAUUAUCUGAAAUUUAACAUAGAAAUAUUAAACUUAAUAAUUUGAUAUUAAUUGAGAAUAAUACAUAUUUGACUGAUUUUGGAAGUGCAAGAACUCAUUACAAUCAUUAUACAAAAUAGAGUGCUAAUUCUGAAGAAAGACAUAAAUAAAAUGAAACACUAUUUUAUAGUUCUCCUGAAAUUAUGGAGAUAAUUACAUAAGACAAUAUAGAUUUUUAAGAAAGUGAAUGGGCAUCAAUAUUUGAGAAUGAAUAAUAUAAAAAAGUGAUUCUAAAGAGAAAUGAUAAUUGGAGUAUAAGUAUCAUCUUAUUAUAAUUAUUAUCAUUUUAAACUUAAAUACCAGAAGAUAUCAAAAAUUUUUAUGGAUAUGAUAUAGCUAAAUUUGAUUUAGAGAUUAGAAAAUAGGCAACUAAUCCUAAUUUUAAGGUAAUAACAGAAAUAAUUAAAAAAUUAUCAUUUGGUAAAAUAUCUGCAUUAAUAUGUCUUGAACAUUUAAAAAAGUAACUUCCUUUGAAUGAUUCAUUUAAUAAUUAAUAGAAAUAAAAUAUUAAAAAAGACUACAAUAUUCUCAAUAUAUAAUUAAAAAGACAAGUAUAAAUUAAUACUAAAGUUGAUUACUAAUAUUUAUCUUCAACUUAAAUAUAAUAAUUGUAAUAAGUUAUUGAUCAAGAAAUAAAAAAACAUGAUUAAACAUUAUAACAUCAAACUAAAAAUAAUAUUCAAUAAUAUACAUUCAAAAAUUAAUUGAAUUAAGGAAAAGUAUUAGAUAAUGAUGAUAAAUCAUAUUUUAUAGAUGAAAAUUCAAUAUAAAUCUUUUCUCCAAAAAAUCAUGAAGAAGAAUAAUUUGCAAAUGGUAAUCUGAAAUAAUUAUGUGAAAGUUUAUCAUUUGAAGAAUAAAAACUAAUCAAAUUAAAUCAUGUUUCAUUAAACUCUUUCAAUAAUAAUGAUUAAACUCUAUUACUUACUUAAAUAAAUGAUGAUAAUCUAUUUAAGAAUUAGACUAAAUUAAAAUAAACUAAAUUAUAACAUUUGAAUUAAGAACAACCAUCUUAACUUUAAGUAUUGACAGAUGUCAAAGAUCAAGUUUAAAAAAAGGAUUAAAUUAAUACUGUAUCUGAUCUAUUAAAAUAUCAAAAUAAAUAAUAAACUUUAAAUUAAGUUGUUGAUUAUAAGUUAUCAAAAUCACCUAAAAUUGUGGAAUAAAUAUAAUUUUAGAUUCCUGUUUAAUAACCUACAAUAUAAAGCAACAGUAAUGUUUAUGAAAUUUAAUCAUUUAAUAAUAAUGAAUCUAAUUAAAAUCCCAUUUUCUAUAUUGAUCAAUAAUAACAAAAUUAAAUAAAUAUUAUUCCUCUAAAUCAAUAAUCUUAAAUAAUAAAAGAAUUUGAUUCUAAAGUAGAAGAAUUACCAAAAUUAUAACAUCAUGUAAUAGAAAUUAUUAAUAAUUCUAAUUCUCCUUAAAAUAUUAAAACUAGAAACUAAAAUUCUGCUCAUUCAAUUUAAAAUGUUAAAGAUCAAUAAGAAUUAAAUUAAGUGUUUUAAUCAAAUCUAAUAUUAUAUCAAUAAGAUAAUCAAUUUGAUAUAUCAUAAAGUCAAAAAGAUGAAACUAGUUAAUCCAUUAUUGAGUUUAAUAAAGAUCCUCAAUUUUAAACAGCAAAUUAAAUUUAAGAAUUUGAUUUAAAUACUUCAAGAAAACAAACAGGAUAAAAUGAAAAUGAUUAGAAUUUAAUUGAAAUCAAAAAGAGUCAAAAAAUAUAAGUUUUGAAAGACUAAAAUGAUAAACAAGACCUAAAUAAUCAUAACAAGAAAUAAAAUUAGAAUAUAUUUAUAUUAAAUAAAGAAAGCUCUCAAUUAUUAAAGAACUAAUAGAAUUAAAUUUAGGUUAUUGAAUAAGAAAAGAAUGAAUCAUAAUUAUCUAAAGAAGAUUCUAUAUAAAUUAUCUAAAUAGAAGAAUUGUAAAAAGGUUUGAAUAAUUCAGUAAAUCAUGAAGAGAAUGUUUAGGAAUCUUAGAAGGUUCUAAAAUUAGUUAAGGAUUAACACAAUAUUGUUUCAGAGAAUUUAGAUCAAGAUUUAAAUAAACUUGAUAAUUAAUAGACAGAUAAUUUAUUAAGGAUUGAUUUACUAAAAUUAUUAAAUAGCUAAUAAUUAUGUAAAUACUAAGAAAUUUUAUUGAAAAUGAAAAAGAGUUAAUAAAAUAAUGAAGAUGAAAUUGAAAAGUAAUUAUAAACAAUAGAUUAAAUUUCAAAUAUAAAAGAGAAAUUAAAUUAUACAAGAGAAUAAGAAUUAAUAUUGUUAAAUUAAGAAGAAUUAAAUUAGAUGAAUGAAUAAUAAUUAGAUCAAUAUAUCCUUAAUCUAUAAAACAUAUUAGAAAUUAAUAAUUAAACAUAAAAAGAUAAUGAUCCUUCUUAAUAGGAAAUAGAAAUAUGUUUAUAAAAUGUAAUAAAAAUUAAGAAAAAUUUAAUUUAACUAUAGGAUACAUAGUAAAAUGAGUAAAAUUAUGUAAAUUAGAAAUUAUAAAAUCUUUUGGUAUAACCAAAUGCAAAUAAUUUUUUGUCAAAAUAAGAAUUUGAGGAUCUAUCUUAUCCAUAAUAAGUCAAAUAUUGUAAUGUAGUGUAGUAAAUUAUAAAUUUAGAAUUAAAAAUUUAAAAGGGAUAUUUGAAUUAAUAAUUUUAACAAUAAUAAAAUGUUGUGAAUGAGUUUAAAAGAGCAUAAGAUAUGGUACUUACUAAGUCAUUAAUUAAUUUUAAUGGUUUAGAAACAAGUAAGUAGAUUGAUAAUAAUUAACAGAAUAAUAAAAUAUGUUUUGUUAAUCCAAUGAGAUAGUCAUCAAUAACUGAUGAAAUAGUUCCAUUUUUAAUUUAAGAUUUUGAAUCUUAAUAAUAAUUGAUUAAGAUAGUAUCAGCAACAUCUCCACCAAAUUCUAGAAAUGGAUACACAGAUAAUUAUAAUUUUUAGAAAUUUUUAGAAAAUCUAAAUGAUUUUGAAAUCUGGUCUAAUAAUCCUAAAAUCAAGAGAUUUCAAAAAUGGAAAAGAUUCUCUUCACCAAGUUUUGAAAUCCCAUUAGAAUUUAGAAUUCUUUCUGAUUAUCAAAAAAAUAGAAAAAAAAUAGAAAAUCAAAUAUUUGAAUAUGGAGGUUACACUUUAAAUAAUAAAGCACAUGGUUUUGGGAUUAUGAUGAAAAAGCAAAAAGGGGCAAUUUAUGAAGGGAUAUUUGAUAAAGGGAAAUUUAUAUAUGGAAUAGUAUUAGAAUUAAAUAAUGAUAGUCGUUUAUAAAAAUAUAUUGGGUCAUACAAUAUUGA